AUGUGCGGAGAGAAGCCAUUGAGCGGAGCGCUGUUGAAAAUCAUUGAUCGGGAUCAUGAUGGAGAUAAAGACGACCUUUUGGACGAAUUCCGGACUACCGAUGAUGGUGAAUUCUACCUAAAAGGAGGAACAUAUGAAGACACUCCUAUAGAACCAGCUCUCAAGAUUUAUCACGACUGUGACCAUAAACACAAGCCGUGCAAACGUCGUGUUUAUUGGAUGCUUCCUGCCAAAUACAUUAACAAUGGAACAAUUACGGAAUGGAUGGACAUCGGUUCCAUCAAUAUGGAAAUAAACUUCGGAAACGAGGAACGAGACUGUCGUCAUUAA